AUGUAUCCAUUCACAAGGAUGCUGUCAGAUAUGGGCGUCGAGCAGGAAGAUGUUCAGCCAGCCGUGGCCUCAUUUGCCAUGAUGGGCAGCAACGCCAAAGCGCGAUCCCUCCUUCAAGCCGCUCUGCAGCUAAAGCUAUGUUCCGUGCACGGCAACACGGGACCUGAUGCAUGCCAGGCUCUUUUCUUUAACAGCAGUGACGGCGACCCUAUCCCCGCCGGCAAUAGCAGCACGGCAGGAGACAUCGUGGCGUGCGAAUGGCGGCAGCAGCAGACACUCCCGGCGGGCAGCAGCACCAGUCUGGCAUUGCUUAGCAAGCUCCUUAUUACCAGCAACUCCUCCACAACUAGUUCCCAGCCUGAUGGCUUAUGCCUGCCCGUGAACUUAGAGUCCGUGCUGGGUCCCUACCUUACUUUAAUUGCACCGGAUCGUUGCGGUGACUUCAUCACGGUCGAGACCUGCAGUGAGAACCCCCGGUGUCGCUUCGAUGACCACACAUCCUACUCGCACUGCAUGGUAGACUUCCUGUCACCAGCCAAACUGUUGGCGGUCUCUGAGGAUGUCGUCACGACCGCACCUCUGCCGGUGGCUGCCUUGGCCGCCGAGCACUUGUGCAAUCCGGAGUCCUAUUGGGAAGACAGCCACAGCGACCGCCCUGUCACCCUCAGUCAAGAAGAAUGCACCGCCCAGGGCAGCUUCAGCUUGGGGUUGGAUGCCCUAAAGAAGCUGGCGGCCGCGGCCAAAAUUCCCGUAUCACUCCCCGCAUCGUCGCCACCGAGCCCAACAUUUCCGGAGACGCUGCCAGAGUCACCUCAUGUCGCCUCCGGGGAAGAUGGCCACAGCAUUGAUGCUGAUCACGAUGGACAUGAGCAUGAUGCACUAGGAGACCUAGAGGGGAAUGAUGCAAGGGAGGGCGGCCCGGCGUCGCUAUCGUCCCCUGCAUCUUCCCAAGGUGACAACUCCAUUACAGUCUCCGCCCCUAGUUGCCAGCUGGACAUUCGAGGCAUGUGCGUUCCGACUUUGCUGGCUUUCGCAUCAAGUGCCGUAAAUGCUGCCGCAAACGCUGUGGAAACAUACCCCCAGCUGAACGCCUCGUCCUACGAUCACCUCCUGUCGGAUGCAGCUAGGACGCUGCUAGUGAUGGCCCUAGGAACCGCCAAGUGCAUCCUUGCGAACUCCAGCGCCACUGCAUGUAGUCUAGCAGUGCUGGCAUCACGCCCUGAUGGCGCCGCCGCAUUCGCCGACGUCUUCAGCCCUAACUGUUCCCGGCUCAGCACGGAGCAGUGCGGCAAACGUCUGGGUUGUGCCCUCGUUGCGCACGGCGAUCACUCCGACUGCAAGCGCACAUCCACAUAUGCAGCGGAUUACCUCCUUCCCUCACGCCACAGCCCGCUGCCUCAGCCGUCCGAACAGCAUGCUGCCGCCGCCGCUGCCUCAGCAGCGGCCAUUGCAGAAGCAGCUCAACGCCUCGCAAAUUCCUGCCGGGCCGUGUUGUCACCGUCUUGCGGCCAGCAGCAGAUCAACGUGACGGUGACCCAGGGGAUGCUUGCCGCCCUGGCACUGCCGGCCGGGGUCCGCGGUGUUGCCACAAACGGAACUACCGAUUCUGGCAAUGGUCGUGAACUGGAUGGAGCUUUGUCGGGAGGAACUGAUGGGAAGAUAAUAGUGGAUAGCCCAGAGGCAGCUGCUGAUGUUGGGGACGACCACUCCAAUGGGACUACAGGGCAAGGUCAUGAUGGCGACGACUCGCGCUCGCUCAAGCUGCGCAUUGGUGCCAUUUUUGCGGUGCUAGUGGCUGGACUAACUGGUUGUGUUAUUCCCAUCCUAAUGAGGGGACGGCUGGAGCGGGCGCCCCUCGUCAGUGCUUGCCUCCGUGCCCUUUCCGCCGGUCUCAUCCUGUGCCUGGCAUUGGUCCACAUCGCCACGCACGCCGUGUCAGAAAUGGACGGAUUGAUAGAGAGCAUAUCAGAAGAAAGCAGCGAUAGCCACGACGGACACGAUCACCGUCGUCAUCGCAGGCAGCUGCUGCUUCUUGGGAUCGGCCACGCCGCCCCUCUCCACAGGCUCCGCGGUCCACUCUACCGCCAGGCCAGCAACCGCCACCUGCUGCAUCGUUUCAUCCUAGAGGACGUCCUCACCGCUGAUGACUACGGUAGUGGCAGCCAUGAUCACUACGAGCAAGACGAUCACAGCAGAAGGGGCGGCCAUGACCACAACUUCCCUAUCGGCAUGUGCACCGUCGUAUUUGGCUACCUACUGAUGGUGGCGGUUGAGCACCUUUCACACGCCUUUCUGGAUCGUCAUGCGCGUGGCCCGGCGGGUGUUGCUCCCGCGGCCAAUAACGAUGGUGUCGACCGCGAUGAGCAACCAAAGCUUGCUGCAGGUACAGCACGGAGCAUGUCCCAAAGAUUUACACCAACCUGUACCACAGCUGUGUGCGGGGGCGCCAAGGGGCCGGAGUCGGCCGUGGUCACCUCUGUGGAGGUCAUCAAGCAGCCCUCUUCCACGCCAGCCGCGAUAUCGUGUUGCAGAGCUGCCUCCACGCCUCGCUCUGCCACGUCCUCAGCUGUGGAGACAUUACUCUUGGCUGGUAUGGCGAUCGCGUUUGAGUUUGGCUGCGUCUUCCAUUCCUUCAUCAUCGGCUUGACACUCGGAGCAAACACAAAUUUCAGGGAAGUCCGCACGCUGGCUGUGGCGCUCGUUUUCCAUCAAUUCCUCGAGGGCAUCGGCCUGGGGUCUGUCCUCAUGUCGGCGGAGCUGGGACACUGGAGGGUGCUCUGCAUGACGGCCAUGUACGCAGUGACCUGCCCUGUCGGCAUUGGCGCGGGUAUUGCAAUUGCGGACGGCUACGAUAGCCAUUCCAUCACGGCGCGAGCUAUCCAAGGCACACUGAAUGGCGUGUCAGCCGGCCUGUUGCUCCAUCUUGCUUCAGCCCUCAUCUCUUAUGAUUUCGGCAGCAGCACACGGACUCGCUGGCGGCCCUUGCAAAGGCUGCUUCUUUUUACGGCGCUUGCUUCGGGGGCAGCACUGUUUGCUGUGUUGGCGUUGUGGGCGUAA